UGAUUUACUGCAGGUUGUUCAUGUGUCGCAUGCGGACAUUUUUAGAGAACAGAUUUCUUAUCACUGUGAACAGUGAGUGGCUUCCAGUGCUCCACGAUCGGUGAGCAAAAACGUUAUAUCCAUUGUAAAAGGUAGGAAACCAUGAAAUCUAUAAGCCGAUUUGGCAGAAGAAGUGGUUGUUGGUGCCAAGAUUUGGUUACUGACCCACAGCUUCCUGUUUUUAAAUAUAUUAAUUGAUUCGCAAAGAGCAUCUUUUGGAAAACAAGAACUCAGACAGACUGGCACAGGCUGGAGCUCCGCCAAGACUGCUCGGGAAGGUUGCCAUGCUGGGAGCGAGCGAGCGAGAGAGAGAGCGAGCGAGAGAGACGAGGAAAGAAAAAAAGGCAAGACUUGGCACGGCUCAGUCAAAUCAGCUUCUUUUGUCUGCUUUCUCGGCUUGAGCUUCAGGAAAGAAAACCGUCCUGGGGUACAGAAAAACUCACAACUUUCUUGGUUUUCAAACUUAGAUAGCUUUUUAAGUCUCUUGGGUUGUUUGAAAGUGGUGGUACAUUAAAUGGCGUUCAGUUACCAGUGAUAAGAGAAAUAAAAGACUUUUUAAUGAAGCCUCCACAAUGUCAGUUUAUACAUGUGGGAAAUACGAUAUUUGCUUUUUUUUUUGGUAUGUCUAAUUAAACUGUAAGGGAGCCGAGUAACUUGGAAGAUUACAGAGGGAAUACCUAAAUAAAAAGGAGAAUUUUCAUUUUUUGCAACAACGAAAAAGUUUUCAUCGACAUGAAUAUGCUUUAAAACCAAACCUGACCUCCUUCGAAGUAUGUUCUAAAUGGGAAUUUCAGCGUUUCGCUCAUAUGUGAUACAGAUAUGAACUUUUAAUGGAACCUGCUUAAAGAUUUCAUCUGACCCAGCAAUGGAGUAAUAGUAGAAAGUUGUGGCAUCUUACCAUAAAACUAUUAGUGACAACACUGAAGACCAGCAGGGCAAGCCGAAGACACCCCGACUACGCCUGAAGGGCAAAACAAGAAAUGAGACAUGAUUAUCUUGCUUCUGCUCUAAAACAUUUCUUCCAUUGCAUCUCACUAGAAAGCAUAUGAAAUUGCUAAAUUUUCUACUUUUGGAGAAAAUAAGGCAUGGGAAAAUACGGAAUUCUGCCAAACGAGGAAGGUUUGAAGAUGACAGAGCUGGAUUUGAACUGAUGACACUGGAUUUAGAAACUUCUAUUUGUAGUUACAGUACCUGUUUGCUGUAAAUUGUGAAAAAAACCUGCUCUUUUCUCAGAUGUGGAUUAAAAAAACCUGUACCGACUGAAGCGUGGAUGUCUUAUGAUUUCAAUAAAAUUAAGGACCUAAAAAUCCAUUGUUUGUUUUCUCCAAGGGUGUCUGGAUUUUCAGUGAGACAGGUACCUUAUUUCUGCUUUCAUAGGAACAAAUACGAUCAUGCUGCCUAUUAGGCCUGGAUGUGGUUGGAUUAUGCUUCUGCUGUGACAGUAUCAGCAUCAUUAUUUCAGAGAGUAACUGUAAAGCAUAGAUUUUUAUGGAUCGCCUUCACUUAUAAUAAACAUCAUGUCAAUGGAAAUAGAAUGGUAGAACCUUUCCCAGAGGGAACACGGAUGGCUGUAUUUGGUAUGGGCUGUUUCUGGGGAGCCGAGAGGAAGUUUUGGAGACAGAAGGGAGUCUACUCCACUCAAGUGGGUUAUGCAGGAGGUCAUACUCCAAAUCCUACCUACAAAGAGGUCUGUUCAGGUAAAACUGGCCACACAGAGGCUGUUCGAGUAGUAUAUCAGCCAGAAAACAUCAGCUAUGAGAAACUACUCAGAGUCUUCUGGGAGAACCAUGACCCGACACAAGGAAUGCGACAAGGUAAUGACGUUGGCACACAGUAUCGCUCAGCCAUCUACACAUAUUCUCAGGAACAGAUGGAAGCUGCCUUGAGAUCUAAGGAAGAAUAUCAAAAGGUAUUGACAGAGGGCGGUUUUGGUCCCAUCACAACAGAAAUCCGAGAGGCUCCAGAGUUUUAUUACGCCGAAGAUUAUCAUCAGCAGUACCUCAGUAAGAACCCUGGUGGAUACUGUGGCCUCGGAGGAACAGGGCUUUCCUGCCCUAUUGGGAUCAAGAAAUAGCCUGCGCUUACUCGACCUCCUCCACUUUGUUUUAGAGAGUGGUUUGAUAAAAAGGCCAACAACCCCAAUAAGUGUUAAAGAAUGCCCCCAGCAUCGGUGCAUAAAGAUUUCAAAGUCUUUUGGGAUAGUUUUCCAUAAUCUGAGCAGUUUCCCAUCCACCUACGUUAGAAGCCAAAGUAAAGGCGGAAAUUGCACCUGUUGGCCAAUGCAGCUUCUUGCUCUGUGCAGCUUGCUGAGUUUCCUUGCAAUCUUGUAAUCUGAAAAAAGUAACUUUGAAAAGUUGGGCUUGAAAUUCUAUUAAAGAGAAGAAUUAGGAGGUUGUUGCACCUGCUGCUUUGCAUAGCUAAUGCCUACAGACGUGUUUAUUUUCUUGGGUUAUUGAAUUUGCUUGUGUUAUGAGCUGGAGCCGUGGUUGGGUUCAUCUGAACUAUCACAACCCUGUAAUUUGACGUCUUUGAGAAUGGUGAAUUUCUAAAAUCAGUAAUUCUCUUACAAUUCCACUUCCACAGCAGCAUGUAAUAUCACCUAUAGUGCCUAUUUUCUGAAACACUUUUAGUACCAAAAAGUAUAAAUUGUGAUGUGAUACUUCUUUUUUGACAGUUCCAAAAUGUGUAUAAGCACAAAAAGAAAUCAAUCUUGUUUCCUGCAGUAAAAAUAAAUUACAA